UUCCUCUGCAGAGUCAACUAGAACAGGAAGCAGCACCCUCACACCCAGGGCCCUAACCGAGUCUCCCAGACGUGACUGCAGAGCCAGCCUGGCAAGCAGUGGCCGAGCCCCCAAAUCCAGCCGGACACAGAGCUAAGGCCUCCAGGAGACAGAGUGGACAUGCCAGGCUGGCGCCCCCUGCUGCUCGCCCUGGUGGGGCUGCUCUCCCUUGGGUCCGCCCUCUCCCAGGAAUGCACCAAGUACAAGGUCAGCUCCUGCCGGGACUGCAUCCAGUCGGGGCCUGGCUGCGCCUGGUGCCAGAAGCUGAACUUCACCGGGCAAGGGGAGCCCGACUCCAUUCGCUGCGACACCCGGGAGCAGCUGCUGAAGAAGGGCUGCGCAGCUGACGACAUAAUGGACCCCAGGAGCCUCACGGAACCCCAGGAGGACUCGGAGGCGGGCCAGAAGCAGCUGUCCCCACAAAAAGUGACACUUCACCUACGACCAGGUCAGGCGGCUGUGUUCAAUGUGACCUUCAAGCGGGCCAAGGGCUACCCCAUCGACUUAUACUACCUGAUGGACCUUUCCUACUCCAUGCUGGACGACCUCAUCAAUGUCAAGAAGCUGGGCGGGGACCUGCUCCAGGCCCUCAAUGAGAUCACGGAGUCCGGCCGCAUUGGCUUCGGGUCCUUCGUGGACAAGACGGUGCUGCCCUUUGUCAACACGCACCCCGAGAAGCUGAGGAACCCCUGCCCCAACAAGGAGAAGCAGUGCCAGCCCCCCUUCGCCUUCAGGCACGUCCUGAAGCUGACCGAUAACUCCAACAAGUUCCAGACUGAGGUCGGGAAGCAGCUCAUUUCUGGAAACCUGGACGCUCCCGAGGGCGGGCUGGAUGCCAUGAUGCAAGUCGCCGCCUGCCCGGAGGAAAUUGGCUGGCGCAAUGUCACGCGGCUGCUGGUGUUCGCCACAGAUGACGGUUUCCACUUCGCCGGCGAUGGGAAGCUGGGCGCCAUCCUGACACCCAACGAUGGCCGCUGCCACCUGGAGGACAACAUGUACAAGAGCAGCAAUGAGUUUGACUACCCUUCCGUGGGCCAGCUGGCACACACUCUGGCUGAGAACAACAUCCAACCCAUCUUCGCAGUGACCAAGAGGAUGGUGCAGACCUACGAGAAACUCACAGAGAUCAUCCCCAAGUCGGCCGUGGGGGAGCUGUCUGACGACUCCAGCAACGUGGUGCAGCUCAUCAAGAACGCCUACAACAAACUCUCCUCCAGAGUCUUCCUGGACCACAGCACCCUCCCCGACACCCUGAGGGUCUCCUACGACUCCUUCUGCAGUAACGGGCAGUCCCACACAGGCCAGCCCAGAGGGGACUGCGACGGCGUGCAGAUCAACGUCCCGAUCACCUUCCAGGUGCGGGUCACAGCCACAGAGUGCCUCCAGGAGCAGUCCUUUGUCAUCCGGGCGCUGGGCUUCACAGACACCGUGACCGUGCGGGUCCUCGCCCAGUGCGAGUGCCGGUGCCGGGACCAGAGGCAGAACCGCAGCCCCUGCGGGGGCAAGGGCUCCUUGGAGUGCGGCAUCUGCAGGUGCGACGCUGGCUACAUCGGGAAGAACUGUGAGUGUCAGACGCAGGGCCGGAGCAGCCAGGAGCUGGAGGGAAGCUGCCGGAAGGACAACAGCUCCGUCGUGUGCUCCGGGCUGGGGGACUGCGUCUGCGGGCAGUGCAUCUGCCACACCAGCGACAUCCCCAACAAGGAGAUCUUCGGCCGGUACUGCGAGUGCGACAACGUCAACUGCGAGCGCUAUGACGGCCAAGUCUGUGGUGGCCCUAGCAGGGGGACCUGCUCCUGCGGCCAGUGCCACUGCACAGAGGACUUCGAGGGCUCAGCGUGCCAGUGCGGGAAGUCCACCACGGGCUGUCUGAACGCCGCGCGGGUGGAGUGCAGCGGCCGGGGCCGGUGCCGCUGCAACACCUGCGAGUGCGACCCUGGCUACCAGCCGCCCCUGUGCCAGGACUGCCCCGGCUGCCCCUCCCCCUGCGGCCGGUACACCUCCUGUGCCGAGUGCCUGAAGUUCAACAAGGGCCCCUUCGAGAAGAACUGCAGCACUGAGUGCAAGAGCGUGCUGCUGCAGAGCCGUCCUGGGCAGGGCAAGACCUGCCAGGAGCGGGACUCGGAGGGCUGCUGGAUGACCUACACCCUGCUGCAGCGGGACGGCAGGGACCGCUAUGACAUCCACGUGGACGAGAGCCGAGAGUGCGUGAAGGGCCCCAACAUUGGUGGCAUUGUAGGGGGCACUGUGGCAGGGGUGGUGUUGAUCGGCGUCCUGCUGCUGGUCAUCUGGAAGGCCCUGACCCACCUGAGUGACCUCCGGGAGUACAGACGCUUUGAGAAGGAAAAGCUCAAGUCCCAGUGGAACAACGACAACCCUCUCUUCAAGAGUGCCACCACGACAGUCAUGAACCCCAAGUUCACGGAGAGUUAGGCGCCCCUGGUGAAGACGAGGCCAACAGGACAGAGCAGAGGGGACCCCAAAGCCACGUCUCCAUCUGUGACCCUGACGUGGCUUCUGCCAGCGAACUAGACGUCCACUCUGCUUCUGUCUGCCUUCCAAGUGGCAGAGAAGGCCAGGGGUUCACAUGGACUCGUCUUCAGGGCCAGCUCCCCUUCCGAUCUGCACUCUUCCCAUAGCGACCUGAGAACAGGACUUUCCGAGUCCCAGGACUUGGGUGUGGCUUCCUGGGAGAGGUGGGCAAAUCCACUUGCAUUUAACUUGCCGGGUGCCUAAGCUCUGUGGAAAGAACAAUAAAACCUCCGCGCAGGCGUUGCUGGGAGCUGGCCUCCGGCUGAGGCUGCCGCGGCCUGCUGCAGGCUUGGGCUUUGUGCUGCCGCUCUUCUUUCCGCCUGAGGGGACAGACCCACCUCACCCCCUGCUGCUGCUUCUGUUCUUCCUCCCCAGCUGGCCAGCACCCCGGCCCCUGGCCACCCACAGAAGGCUGCCUGCUGCUGAGCCUGGCCAGAGCGCAGCCAGCUGGAGAGGCUCCCUCUCCCGGAGGCCAGGGCCUGCCUGUCGGGCCAGGCUGCUCUCAGGAGCACGAGAGGCACCGCCGAGAGCAGUCUCACCCGCACCCUCUCCUCGUGGGUUGCUCCUGGGAGACCUGGAAGUCUGCAUCUGUCUUGUGCUGUGUGAAGGGCCCGCGUUGUGCGUAGAUACGUGUGCGGUGUCCUCUGAGAGCGUGGCGCGGGCACAGAGGGGCACAGCCUCCACAGGCGCCGCUGGAGCUCAGGUCUGCACUUCACCCCUGCCCCAGGCGACGGUGCCGGCUGCGUGGUUGUGUAUCUGUCUCUGUGCAGAAAUGUAUUUUCACAUCUUUGUCUCUAUUUUUUCCUCAAAAAAUACAAUUCCUUAUUAGAA